ACCUCCUGGACUCCCUAAAAAGGUCUAAGGGACUUUCAGGGGUCUCUGAACCUCAAUUUGAGAACCUCAGGAAUGGAUAUCUAUAAGGCUCUUUCCAUCUUUAAAUUUUGUAGUUGUAUGCCUUUUAUAAUUGGAGACCUUGUCUCCCUCUCUUUCUUUUGCUUUUCCAUAAUGUGGAUGAAUAAUGGGAGGUGAGGGGAAAGUGCUUGGGAGUCAUGUCUUUCCAAUUUAAGAGUUUGGGUUGCUCUGCUUUCAUAUUGGGGAUUUAUGCCUUUGUCACCAAGAGCCAAUCUUGCUUUUUCUGGGAGCAGACUGAGACUUCUGGUUCUAGUCUUUGGGGGAUUCCUUGCCCAAAGAAUGGCUAGGAUAUCUGUUGUGACAAAGAGAAGGAAAGGAAAGGAAGCACAAGACACUAUGCUUAGUGCUUUUUAUAAAUAGAAUUAUCUCAUUUGGUGCUUACAACAACCCUGCAUGGUAAUUGCUAUUAUCAUCCCCACUUUCCAGUUGAGAAAACCAAGGCAUUAAGUGACUUACCCUGGGUCAUUCAGCUAGUAAGUGUCUGGCUAGAUUGGAACUUUGGUCUUUUGGAUUCCAGACCCAGCUCUCCACUAGAACAAAUUCUUUGGAUCUCCGUACCAAUGUUGAGACUUUUUUUGGAACUGGUCUUGCAUUGUGUCAGUCUCUGGGUGGUUGGUCAUCCUGCUGUAGGCAGCUUUUCAUUAGACCACCCAAGAACUCAGUCACCCUCCUCUUUUCUUUUCUCUCCAUCCAUUGUGGCAUGGAUUGCUCUGGGUAAUAGUUUUUAUGGGUUUGAUACUGGAGGGCUUUCCUGACACACAAAUGGUGCAGAGGCUUUGUUUGUAGGUGGAAAUCCUUACAAUUUGUCGUUGUUGCUCCUAAAAUUUUUCCUGAACAAUUUCUUAUUUCUAUUUUUCCUCAAAGGAUUACCAAAAAUCAAAGAAGGGGUUGAACAGAUGUUAACUUUCUAAUAUUCAUUAUCUUUUGAAAUUAGGUUUGGUUUGGUCUCCCUUGUAGGGUUCUUAUGAUCAUAGAUUUAGAGCUAAAAAGGACCUUCUUGAUACACAGAUCAUUUCCCCCUCAUUUUACAGUUGAGGAAACUGAAGCCCAGACAGACUAAGCCAUACUCCAAGAUCAUACAAGUAGCAAAUGGCAGAACUGAGCCAAAAAUUUCCAUUGCAACAUCAUGCUUCAUUAGUAAGAGAAUUACUAUGUUUUGGUUCUGGUAAAAUCUGAUAUAUGAUUGAGAUUUUUUUUAUACUGACGUUAAAUAGAAUUCCAUGUUUCACUUAUACUUUAUUGUUGUUUAGUAAUUUUUCAGUUGUGUCCAACUCUUUAUGUCUACCCCCCCCCCUUUUUUGGCAAAGAGAAAAAAAUGGUUUUCCAUUUCCUUCUUCGGCUCAUUUUAUAGAUGAGGAAACUGAGGUAAUAAGGUUAAGUGACUUAAGGUCACACAGCUCAAAAGUGUCUGGGGCCAGAUUUGAACUCAGAAACAUGAGUCUUCCUGACUUUAGUCCCUGAAUUCUCUCCACUUUGUGGCACCUAGCUGUCUUUAUUUCUGCUACUCAGAAGUUAAAUGACACAGUCAGACAAGAGAUUGUUGGAUUCAAAGCCUGAAAUAAUAGUUUAAAACACUUUGUCCAAAGUCCUGAUUUUAUAGAUAAGGAAGCUGGGGCUCAGAGACCUUCAGUGAUGUACACCAUGUCACACUGGGCAGAUGUCACAAAGGCAGAACUUCCUGUCCUCUAGAGGAUGCUAUCUUUGCUGUUGACACCAUCGAUUCCAGGUUACACUGGAGGACACCCCUUUGUCGUAUCUGAUUCAAGGCACAGCUCUGACUUGGGAGAGGUGGGUGGUCUGUGUGGUGGCCGACAGCAAGUGCUUUCAAAGCUUGCAACCAGAGCUCCUUGGGGAUUAGAAAAGCACUCAGAAAGCCCGUUAAUCUUUCUGGCGUUGUCAGGAUUGAUCAGCGAGUUUUAUUAAAAAAGCUCCAGGAUUUCUUGAAAGGCCUCAUUCUGCAGAUUUCAAGAAGGGGGGCCCUGCAGCAAUCUGCAUUUGUGUUGUCCGGAUCCUUCUCCUAACUUAGUCCUUUGGAUUACAUGUUGAGGGUCCUGCCGGAGAAAGAGAAACCUUUGGUGUAAGUGUUUCCUGGAGGAAAGCUAGUGACCCCCUGAGAACAUGAACCUGCUUGGAUCCAGUGGGGUGUUUCUCAGCCUGCUGCUUGUCCUGCAAAGUACCAACUCAUCCUUCAUCAGCGUCAACCAGGGCUUGAAGGUGGUGAAGGGCCACUCUGCUUUCCUGUCAAGGGAGGACCUGCAGUUUUCCAUUCCCAAAGAAAAAGAUGCCUGCAAAGUGGAAGUUGUGCUAAAUGAACCAAUAACUCAGAGGGUUGGGAAACUCACUCCACAGGUAUUUGACUGUCAUUUCCUUCCUAAUGAAGUAAAAUACAUUCAUAAUGGGUGCCCAAUCCUACAUGAAGAUGCUGUUAAACUUAGGCUCUACAGAUUUACAGAAACGGAAACCUUCACAGAAACUUUUAUCCUUCGGGUUUAUCUGCAGGAGCCAGACUGUAGCAUCAUCCGGAUGAGCUCCAGGGUCCUGGAGGUGCCUGAGUUCUAUGGCCUCUCCAGAGCAAUUGAUAAGAAUGUGCUCAGUUUUGAUUAUGAGAGGAGGAUGAGUCUGGAAUGCACCAUAAGACUCUCUCCAUUAGAAACUGGCCUACCAGCCCAUGGUCAGCUGGUCAUUGUGGAACCUCAGCAAGGAGAACCCCGAGGAGACCAGCCCCACAGCUUUUUCCCUGAGUCUCAAUAUAGGAAAAAUCCAGGAUGCCCGAGUGGAAGCUGUUCCCCAGAGUUGAAGAAGAUUGAUAGUCUCAAAGUCAGCUGUGAGGAGUUUCUGCUAAUGGGGUUGCGAUAUCAGCACCUCCAUCCACCUUCUCCGAAUGUCGAUUAUAUCUCCAUCAGACUGGACCUCACUGAUAUCAGGAGUAAAUCCAUAUACAAGUCAGAGAGCAUGUGGCUGCCUGUCUCCAUCAAAGGUGCCUUCCCCAAUCAGAUCCCCAGGGCUGCAUUCAUGCCCACCUAUAUUCUAGAAGUGGAUCAAUUCAUCCUGAGCUCAGUGACCACUUCUACAGUGGACUGCGAAGAUGAUGAGACACCUAGAUCUCUGUUGGUUUUCAACAUCACCAAGCCCCCUCUCCAGGGCUACUUCACACACCUAUUGGAUCACACCAAAGAGAUCUCUUCAUUCACCUGGAAAGAUCUAAGUGAUUUGCAAAUUGCCUAUCAGCCUCCCAACAGCAGCCACACAGAGAGAAGGAAUUAUGAGGUGGAGUUUGAAGUGUACGACUUCUUCUUUGAAAAGAGCUUACCAAUCACAGUCCAUAUUUCUAUCAGGACAGCAGACACGAAUGCCCCAAGAGUGUCAUGGAACACAGGUCUCAGUCUUCUAGAGGGACAGUCAAGGCCCAUCACCUGGGAGCAGUUUCAGAUAGUGGACAAUGAUGACAUCAAGGCAGUUCGCCUGGUCACUGUUGAUGGCUUACAGCAUGGGAGACUUACUGUAAGAGGAGGGAAAGGCUUCAUUUUCUCUGUAGCCGACAUUCAGGCUGGGACUGUUCGUUACCAUCAUGAUGACAGUGACUCCACCAAGGAUUUUGUGGUCUUCAGGAUUUUUGAUGGCCAUCACAGCACUCGCCACAAGUUUCCCAUCAAUAUCCUGCCUAAAGAUGACAGCCCGCCUCUCCUCAUAACAAAUGUUGGGAUUGAAUUAGACGAGGGGCAGACUGUGCUGAUCCAAGGCUCCAUGCUGAAAGCUUCUGACACGGACUCCAGUGAUGACUACAUUUUCUUUAAUAUCACUAAACCUUCCCAGGCUGGAGAAAUCAUUAAGAAGCCAGGUCCAGGACUUAUUGGCUACCCAGUCCCUGGUUUUCUUCAGAGAGAUCUGUUUAAUGGGAUUAUCUAUUAUCGACACUUUGGUGGAGAAACUUUUGAGGAUUCCUUUGAGCUUGUUCUUUGUGACAGCCACGAUCCUCCCAACCUCUCAGAACCACAGGUAGUGGUGAUACACAUCACCCCAGUGGAUGAUGAACUUCCAAAAGAGGUUCCUGGAGCGAUUCGGCAUUUGGUUGUCAAGGAAACAGAGGUGGCUCAUCUCACUAAGAAGCAUCUACAUUUUGUGGAUACAGAAUCUCAGGAUAGGGAGCUUCUCUACACAAUAACAAGACCUCCAUUUUCCUCCUUCAGAUAUGACCAUUCUGAUGCUGGGAAAUUGUUCAUGGUGGAUAGCAUAUCGAAGCUAAUCAAGGAUCCUGCAGCUCUGGGACUGAGAUCAUUUACCCAGCAUGCUGUAAACUACAUGAAGGUGGCUUACAUGCCACCCAUGCAAGACAUUGGACCCUAUGUUCAGCAUGUUCAGUUUGUUUUUUCCAUCAGUAACCAGCAUGGCGGCACUUUGCAUGGAAUUUGCUUUAAUAUUACUAUUCUACCAGUGGAUAAUGAGGCUCCUGAGGUGUUCACCAACUCCCUGCAAGUAGAAGAAGGAGGUCUAUGUAUCAUCACAACAGAACACAUUCUGAUUUCAGAUAUGGAUACAAUACAAGAUAAAAUCAGACUGUCCCUCCAGAGAAUGCCACUCCAUGGAAUGGUUGAACUGAAUGGUUUUCCUCUAAGCCAAGGAGACAAAUUUUCAUGGGGAGACCUCCAUGCAUUAAAAGUUAGGUAUCACCAUGAUGGAUCAGAGGUUUUUCAUGACAACAUACUCUUUGAGGCAACAGAUGGCACAAAUUCUGCAGAAUUUGUCCUUCAGGUCAAGGUUUUACCUGUAAAUGAUGAACCCCCAGUCCUGAAGGCUGAUCUCAUUCCCACACUGCAUUGUCCUGAGGGAGAGGAAGUGGUCAUCUCUUCAGAACAUGUUUAUGCCACUGACAUGGACAGCGAUGACACCAAACUGAUGUUCAUGAUUGUACGUCAGCCUCAUCAUGGGGUCGUGAGGAAAUCUGGGAUCACCGUGGACCAGUUCACCCAGGGAGACAUUGAUGCUGGAACUGUCACAUACAAACACACAAGUGGAGAGAUUGGCAUGGCCCCUUGUUUUGACACCAUUUCUUUGGUGGUUUCGGAUGGAGAAACUGGUCCUCAGGACUGUUGCUACCAAGAUCCCAUUUCUUCACCACUUCCACCUCAUCAUUCUUUUCCAGUGUAUGAUCUCAAUGUGACUGUGUAUCCUGUGGACAACCAAAGACCAACUAUUACAACUGGUACCCAAUUUGUUGUGGAUGAGGGUUCUUCAGCUGCCAUUAAUGUUAACCAUUUAAUCACUACUGACCCCGACACAGCCAUGGAUGACUUACAGUUUGCUUUGGUUUCUCCUCCACAAUUUGGUUAUAUUGAAAACAUACUUCCUUCUCCAGGUUUUGAGAAAAGCAAUAUGGGCAUAAGCAUAGCUUCAUUUUGGUGGAAAGACAUGAAGGCUUUGCAUAUAAACUAUGUGCAGUCCAGACAUCUGAGGAUAGAGCCAACAGCAGAUCACUUUAUGAUUUACGUCACAGAUGGAAAACAGAAUUCUAUGGAAAUCCCUUUUUCCAUCCUGAUUAACCCCACAAAUGAUGAAGUUCCUGACUUUGUGACACAGAACAUCACUGUUUCUGAGGGUCAGAUGAAAGAACUGGAUCUUUCAGUCAUCAAAGCAACUGACCUAGACAUGCCAAAAGAUCAUUUGAUGUUCACCAUUACCCAUAAACCACAGCAUGGCCUCCUCAUCAAUGGGAUACCUAGAAAUGACAUCCCUCAUUAUAAGCAAUUAAUCAAUUCUCACCAGAACCAUGAACUUCCUGUGUGUGAUUUUUCAAUGGAGCUUCUUGAAACUGGAAUGAAGUUGACAUAUAUACACGAUGACUCUGAAAGCCUUGCUGAUGACUUUACAAUCCAGUUGUCAGAUGGCAAACAUAAAGUCUUAAGAACAAUUUCCAUAAAGAUCCUGCCUGUUAAUGAUGAGAAACCAGUGCUGACCAAGAAGGCUGAAAUAGAAAUGAAUAUGGGUGAAACUCGCAUUAUUUCUAGUGCUAUUCUAUCAGCUAUGGAUAAAGACACACCCAGAGAGAAAAUUUACUAUUUAUUUGAAAGACUUCCAGAAAAUGGGCAGCUUCAGCUCAAGAUAGGGAGGAAUUGGGUAUCUCUUCAACCUGGCAUGAAAUGUACUCAAGAAGAAGUAGAUCUGAAUUUCAUGAGAUACAUCCAUACUGGUGCAAAAGGCUCCCAGGACCGAGAUAGCUUCACAUUUCAUCUCUGGGAUGGAGACAACAGGUCACCUACGCUGGACUGUCAUAUCAGCAUCAAGGACAUCAAAAAGGGUGAUAUUGUGGUCUUGACCAGACCAUUGGUAGUGUCUAAAGGGGGCAAAGGUUUCUUGACUACAUCUACUCUCUUAGCUACUGAUGGAACAGAUAAGCCAGAAGAACUUCUUUUUGUAAUCACCUCCCCACCUCAAUAUGGCCAGAUGGAAUACAUCACUUAUCCUGGAGUCCCCAUCACAAGCUUCAAUCAGAUGGAUAUUGCAGGUCAGACCGUCUGUUAUGUACACAAGAGCAAGGCAACUGGUCCCAGUGAUAUGUUCAGAUUCGUCUUGAGCAAUGGACUAAAGACAAAGCAUGGAGUGUUUAAGAUCAAACUGGAGUCUAUUGACCAAGCCUUGCCUGUUGUGACCCAGAACAAGGGGUUAAGAAUAAUGGAAAGGACCAUGGCGCUCCUCUCUCCAGACAUCCUUCAACUUUCUGACCCAGACACUCCAACAGAAAACCUCACCUUCCUCUUGGCCCAGCUCCCCCAGUAUGGACAGCUCUAUCUUCGGGGGAUGGUUCUCACACAACACAACUUUACACAACAAGAAGUGGACAGUAAGAAUGUGGCCUACCAACACCUAGGAGGAAACUCACAGGUUGACCAGUUUACCUUUGUAGCUACUGAUGGGACAAAUCAAGGCUUUGUUGUGGACGGAAGAGUGCAGAAUGAACCUGUGUCUUUCAUUAUUCAGGUGUCCCAGUUGGAUAAAAAAGCACCACGCAUCAUCCAGCUUCAGUGCCCUUCCCAAGUGGAGCUUCUGAAAAAUGGUUGCUAUGGGAUUUACAUAACAUCUCGAGUCCUGAAGGCAUCUGACCCUGAUACAGAGGACAACCAAAUCAUCUUUAAGAUUUUACGAGGCCCCCAGUACGGACAUCUGGAAAAUACAACAACAGGUGAAUUUAUUCAGGAGAGAUUCAGUCAAAAGGACCUAAACAGUAAAAUCAUUCUUUAUGUCAUCAAUCCAUCUUCAGAAAUGAAUUCGGAUAAUUUGGAGUUUCAAGUCACAGACCCCAGUGGAAACACCGCUGCCCCUCAAAUUUUGGAACUAAAGUGGUCCCACAUUCAUUUGCCCCAGACUGAAUAUGAAGUUUGUGAAAACAUGAACACAGUACCACUGAAAAUCACUAGGAUGGGCCAUUUAAUGGAAUCAGCCUUUGUUGGAGUAAAGGUUAAUCAAGUAUCUGCUACAAUUGGAAAAGAUUUCACCGUGAGUCCAUCAAAGCUGAUUCAGUUUGAUCCAGGAAUGUCAACUAAGAUGUGGAAUAUAGCAAUUACCUAUGACGGAUUAGAGGAAGAUGAUGAGGUCUUUGAAGUAAUUCUCAACUCCCCUGUGAAUGCCGUUCUUGGCACGAAGACAAAAGCCAGAGUGAAAAUUUUGGACUCAAAAGGAGGACAGUGCCGCCAUUCACAUUCCUCUGGCCAAAACCAGUACAACUCAUGGGGGAAAGGCAUAUGGCUCCCACUUUCCCCAGGCUCAUCAUCACCCUCCAUUUCUGAUGGGAUUCAUUUGGAAGGAAGACACCCUUCAUCUUCCAAAGAGGGGAUAACACACAGCAGAGGGGACAAGCUUCGGGGCUUUGACUUAACUGAUAUUCCCAGGAAAAGGCUUAGGACAAUGGGAAAUGGCAAAACAGUUCACCCAUCAUCCAUUUAUAGAAAUGAAACAGAUAUAAUUUUUAGGUAUCAUGGUAUGGUUGGAUUAAGAGUAGAAGAUGACAAAUCUGCCAUAAAUAGAGAGAAGACCAGAGGGUCUAUAACUAAUCAGAGGCUACAAAAGAAAAGCAGGAACACAGAACCACUAUGGGCAGAUAAGGUGGACCAGAUGCCCUAUUUACACUCCCCUAUUCAGGACCAGUCACCAUCCUUUCCAAAAAAUUGCACAUUAGAAUUAAAGGGACUCUUUCAUUUUGAGGAAAGCUUCCAAAAAUUAUAUCAUUGCAAUGGAACUUCUUGGAAGCCUUGGAGUCCAAAAGACCAGGAUGGGAAUGAAAGAACCUGUCCCAUUGGAUGGAGCCAUCAAAGCAGCCAUUGCUACUCAUUGAUUACAGAGCAAAAGGUCACCUGGAAUAUGGCUGCUCGGGCUUGCAGGGAACAACAUCAAGGCACCCUAGCAAGUGUGUUUACGAAACAGCAUAUGCAGUGGCUAUGGGACUUCAGUGGAAGAAAAUCCUUCUGGAUAGGUUUGAAUGACCAAGAGAAUGCAGAUCGCUGGGAAUGGGAUGGAGGUGAACCUGUAACCUUCACAAACUGGAAGAGAGAGGCCCCCCCACAUUUAAAGAAAAGAAAGAAUUGCGUUUUGGUAAAAAGAAGAGGCAAGUGGCAAGCUAAAGACUGCAGGAAGGAUAAAGCUCACAACUACAUGUGUGCCAGGAAACUAUGAACACAAGUAGCCCUGGAGGUGUCCACCAGAGCUCCCUCACAAACUGAUUUUUUUCAUACAUGAUUGAUUUGCAGUGUUUAACAUAUGUUUAAAAGAAAUAAGUGGCCAGGUCCUUGGUAAAUUUGUUCCUUGUGGAUUAUGAGAGACUUCUGUAAAAAUGAAGUAUCACUGCAAAGUUUGGUCAAUAGUUUCCCUUCUUACCUACCCUUACUUCCUGCAAGAACAGAAUCACUCUUGUCCUUGGACUUCUAUCCCUUCCUUCCAUGACAAAGAAAAGCUGAUGGUCUUAUAAGAUACAGAAUUUUAGUUAUUUAAAUGGAAACCAUUCAAGAUCUCAGUCAGCUCUGGCUUUUUGCCUUCUUACUGUCUGGCUUUUGAUUUCAUUUGCCCGUCAUCUCAGGAGAGAUUACCAAGAAACCUGUAUUGCAAGUUUCUUCUAAUGGAUAUGCCUCUUUCUCAAUUCAGCUUCAAUAAAACCAACUAUACCAGCUAGACAAAAAAUUGAAAAACAAGAAAGAGCUGGAUCCUUUUAUCACCUUUAAGGGUGAGGCUGGGAGUGGGGGUUCAAUAGGUUAAAAAAAACUAGCAAUUCUCAGGGUAAUGAGUAAUAGUUAAGAGGAAAGACUGUAGAUGGAUGAGUCAUGCAUGGUGUAUGUUCUAUGAAAAGUCAGAGCAGGCUACUUUGAUAUUGGAUAUGGGCUAAGAUAAGCAUAUAGAUAUCAAUAGACUGGCCUUCCUACUCUUUGGAGCAUUGUGCAUCAUAUAUCACCUAAGCAGCUCAGUUUUCUGAAAGGAACGUUCACUUUGGUUCAUUCCAAGAAAAUGAUUUGGUUUUUCCAUGCAGAGAUCUAAUGAAAUUGACCUCACAUAAACUUAUCUUUUUUGAUAUUUGUGCCAUUGAUUGGCAUUUCUCAAAGACAUACAUGGCUUCUAGAUAGACAGAAAGGCUGUUUCCUAAAAAAUAAAUAGAUGAUCAUAUGGUUGGUCAAAGAUGCCUUUUGAACAUAGACUCUUGUAGAUUUCCCAUGUUCUAUAAAGGGAAUAUUGAUACAUUGAUGAAUCCAGAAUAUUUUGACCUGGUUCAGACCUGCUAUUAGAUGGCAUUGUCAAGGCACAUACCCACAUGUGAUCUCAACCUCAAUGUAAAACAUAUUAAUGGUUUUGGAGUAAGUGAAAUUCCUAGUAGGCUAUAUUCUUUUAUUCCCAAGGUUCUAAAAGGAGUUUCAAAACUUGAGAAUUUCAUUCCAAAAUGAAAUUGCCUCUAAUUUUUUUCUUUUUAUCUUUUCAAUGUGACUACAAAAUAUGUGGCUUACUUUAGUAGUAUAAUUUUAAUAUCAAAAUUAUUUUAAAAGUCAUCCAAUGUGUUCAUGCAAUAACAUGUUUUGUAAGAAUGAUGCAUCAGGCAAACUGACAGUGCUUAAAGAAAUUUAGAACAUCCUAUGAUCUAGAAACAUAACAACCAAAGCCCUAUUUCUGUCUAUAGAAAUAUCAUUUUGACAACUGGACAUUUUUCAUUGUUUGUAUUGUUUGCCAAAAUGAUAGUACACCUUCUAGCCUAGCUCACAGAUAAUUCUCACGCUCAGCUCUCUUGGCCAAUACUCAACUGACAGUGGCAUUUAAUCUGAGUUGUUAUAAGAAAGAGAAUCUGGUAAACCUGGUGUCUGACAGGUACUAUAUUCUACCAUCUGAUAUCUAAGGAGAAAUGACUAUGAAAAAGGGAAUGAUGGAAGAAAUGACUUUACGUGAAGGAUCAAGUGACUGGGAGAACUAGAGAAGCUCUCUAUGAAGAGAGGUAAAUGCUCAGUGUGUGAAGAAUAUGUUUGCAAAGCAAUCUUUUUGCAUCUCUAAUAUACCCCAGAAUUCAUGAGAUAUUGUUGUUUACCUUGAAACCUGGAAUUAAAGAAUUUUUUCAGGGAAAGCAUUUUGAAAAUAAGGUAUAAAAUACACAACCAUGUGAGUAUUCAACAAAGUCUUGGUUAAAUUUCAAUUGUGUCUGUCUACAGUGAUAAUUUGAGAUGAUAUUUAAUUAAAUUGUGAAUAUUAUCAAAAUGUCAUUUUGAUAAUAUUGAUAAAUAUUAGGAGAAUUUUUCAACAAGUACCCAUGAACUAGCAGUGCUAGGAUGGGGCAAUAGAAUUUGGAAGAGAAGGAAAAGAUGGGUGUAGGUGUCGGCAGGACUUGAAAUGAGAGGAAAAUAAGACUAUUUGGCAUGAGUCCUUCUACCCCAUUCCUUUUUAAGUAUACUUUAUUAACCACCAUGGUAUCCAUUCUAGCCUUUGGCUGAGGUGUUAUAGGAAAUGAAGGAGGGUUGUGGGAAGAAGAGAGUAGAAGAAUAAGGAAGGAAAGAGGAAGAGAGAGAAAUGUGACAGGUUCUAGAGUAUGCAAGGGAGGUAGCAAGAGAAGUUGACAUAUAACUCAGACUUUAAUUUGAAUCAAGGCCCUCUACAGAACUAUUCCCAGUCCCAAGACCUGCCUUAGAGGGUGGGAAAUGCACUUUGUCAUUCUAUAUAAAAAAGCAAAGCAAAGUGGGAUAAUGGAUAGAGAGCUGGCACUGGAACAAGAAUAUGAGUUCUAGUCUUGCUUCUGACAUACUUAUUAGCUGUGCAGCUAGAGGAGCCAUUUAAUUUCUCCUUGCUCUAGGCAACUCUGUGAGACUAUAAUUUGCAGUUUUACUGAUCUGCAUUUUAGAUGGAGUUUCUUUUUACAAGAAUUCCUAAUACCAAUAAAAUCACAGGUCCAGGCCCUAUGGAUGAUAGGUUCGUUUUUAGGGAUCCAUGACUACUUUUGAAAAAACAAAUUCUCAGUCCAUGUUGGUUAAAAAUAGACUUGAAUAUACUUACUAAUCAUUGUUUCUUUUAAAAGGCUGCUGGAAAGGAAUUAGAAGUUUAUUUACAUUUCUCUUCAUGUUUACACUUUUUAAUACAACAAGGAAGACAAAGGAUUUACUUUCAUGAAUACUGGUUUUGGAUAACUGAAGUUAUAAACUGGUGCUAAUCCUGUUUCUUUAAAAGUAGCAUGCUGUGUGCACUCUAUUUACUGUUAUACCAAAGCUAAUAAAAUGUAUGUAAUUGAUGGA